UAUAUAUAUAUAUAUUCCCAAAGUGGAAAACAUUCCUGUUUAUUUUUCCCGUUCACCAGAUCUUGAAGCCAAGAGAACUCGUGAUUUUAUGCAGCAGCUAUCUUUCAUAAGCUGGUUCCUGUUUACGUUAACAGUUACUGAUUUAUGCUGCUACUGAAUUCCGCUUACGUAUAAUUUGUUUCGUUAAGUAUGGUAACUCUGUGAUUUAACGUUAUCAUGCUAUUUGGAAGGUACUCCAGCCACAUAAGAGUAACAUGUUGCAUUUUUUUUAAAUUAGGUAUAUCUGCAUCAACCAGUGUAUAAUUUGUGUGUUUUUUUUAAAUUGUAAUUUAAGGUAUAGUUUAGCAUGUUUCGUGAAGUAUCCACAAUUAUAUUGGGCUAAGGUGUUGAUAAAAUCGAUAAAAAAAAUGAAGAUAAAAACAAACCCAGGACAAGCUCUAUAGCAGCAGUGUCAUUAAAGUUUAUUUCGUUUUUAUCUCAUGUCAUUGUCUUGUAGAAAAGUUUUGCUUUGUUGCUUUCAUGACACAAGAUAACGCAAAUGUAGGUCUGAGAGCUGUUAUACCUGCACAGUCCGUUAAGCUCUGCGACCGUGAUGUCACCCGGGGCCGGGUAAGCGGGGCGUGACAAGGGGCGCAGCUGUGCAAGUUGCGGGGCUGUAGCCGCGGGGCACGCCCCUCCGGCCGGCCGGGCGACGCGGGAGGCUCGCGGCCUUCAGUGCGCUCCCAAACAGCGGCGCGGCCACAGCGGAGCGAUGCGCGCCCUGCUGCCGGUGCUCCUGGCGCCAGGGGUGGUCGCCGCCGCCGCCUGGGUGCUCAGCCUCGACGGCGCCGGCUGGACGGCCCGCAGCGCCAACGGCUCCGUGCGCGUGCCCGCCGCGGUGCCCGGGGGCAUCUACUCCGACCUGCGCGCCGCCGGGGUCAUAGGCGACCCGCUGUACCGCUUCAACGACGUGCAGUACCGCUGGGUGGCGCGCGACAACUGGACCUACUCCACGCGCUUCGAGACGCCGCCGCGCGCGCGGGCCAAGCGGACGGCGAUGCUCGUGCUCCACGGGGUCGACACGGUCGCCGACGUCGUCCUCAACGGCCGGCUGCUCGGCCGCGUCGACAACAUGUUCGUGAGGCACGCCUUCUUCGUGAAGGAGGUUCUCCUGGGCGUGAACGACCUGCAGGUGCGGUUCGCGUCGCCCGUGCUGGAGGCGCAGCGCAGAGCGCGCGAGCACCCGGUCCCGCCGCCGUGCGUGCCGGCGCAGUACCACGGCGAGUGCCACGCCAACCAGUUGCGCAAGAUGCAGGCGUCCUUCGGCUGGGACUGGGGCGUCGCCCUGCCCUCGGUCGGCCUGUGGAAGAGCGUCCAGCUGCUCGCGUUCGACGGCGCCCACGUGCAGCACGUGACGGCGCACUGGGGCGGCAGUCUGCGGCUGGGCGUGGUGCUGGCGGCCGCGCCGUCCACGCGGGUCCGCGGGUGGCUGGAGGCGAGCCUGCAGGACGAGGUGCAGUCCACGGUGCCCGUGUCGCGGGUCACCGACGGCGAGGGCGAGCUGCUCCAAGAGCUGGAGCUCGACGUGCCGGGCAGCGUGAAGCUGUGGUGGCCGAACGGCGAGGGUUCCCAGAACCUGUACAACAUCACCGUGCGCUUCGUGAGCGCCACGGGCGGCGAGGCCAGCGAGAAGACGAUACGGUACGGCUUCAGGAACGUGUCCCUCGUGCAGAGGCCCGUCGACCCGGCGGGGCUGACGUUCUACCUGGAGGUGAACGGCCGGCCGGUGUUCCUGAAGGGCUCCAACUGGAUCCCGGCGAGCGCGCUGCCGGAGCUGUCCACGGACCCGGACACGGCGCGCAGUCUUCUGGAGGCGGCGCGCGACGCCAACAUGAACGCGCUGCGCGUGUGGGGCGGCGGCGUGUACGAGAGCGACGCCUUCUACGCGGCGGCGGACGAGCUGGGCAUCCUGGUGUGGCAGGACAUGAUGUUCGCGUGUGCCAUGUACCCGGCGACGCGCGAGUUCCUCGCCUCGGCGGCGGCGGAGGUGCGGCACCAGGUGCGGCGCCUGCAGCACCACGCCAGCGUCGCGCUCUGGGCCGGCAACAACGAGAACGAGGCGGCGUUGCGACAGAACUGGUACGGCACCGCGAGCAACUUCUCCGCCUACCGGCGCGACUACGUGGCCCUGUACGUCGACGUCGUCAGGAGCGUCGUGACGGCCGAGGACGCGAGCCGGCCCUUCGUCGUCUCGAGCCCGUCCAACGGCGCGGAGAGCGAGCGGGAGGGGUACGUCGCGUCGGACCCCCAGAGCAGUCUCUACGGCGACACUCACUACUACAACUACCUCGCCGACGGCUGGGACGCCAACAUCUACUCCCUCACCAGGCUGUCUUCGGAGUACGGCUUCCAGUCUCUGCCUUCCCUGCACACCUUCCUGCCCGUCAUGGACCCCGCAGUGGACCUGGCCGACGUGCGCCAGUUCGCCAAGCACCGCCAACACCAGCCCGGAGGGUACGCCUACAUGAACCUGCAGAUCCGCAGGCACCUCGACUACCCGGAGGUGGACUACACGCGGCUCGGCUUCCAGGAGGCCAUCUACCUGAGCCAGAUCAACCAGGCCAUGUCGACGAAGGUGGAGACGGAGCACUACCGCCGCCACAGGAACGUGGUGAACGGCGUCGGCGAGGGGUUGACCAUGGGCGCGCUGUACUGGCAGCUGAACGACGUGUGGCAGGCGCCGUCCUGGUCCUCCAUCGAGUUCGGCGGCCGCUGGAAGAUGCUGCACUACUACGCGAGGAAGUUCUUCGCGCCGGUGAUGGUGUCGGCGCUGGUGACGCCGGCGGGGCGGCUCGAGGUCCACGUGGUGUCCGACCUGCGCCACGAGCUGCCGAACGCGACGGUGACGGUGCGCGUGCACAGCUGGUCGCAGUUCGAGCCCCGGCACGAGCGCCGCGUGGAGACGAGCUUCCCCCCGGGCGCCUCGACGCUCGUGCUGUCCGAGGACCUGGACAGCUUCCUGCUGCGCGGGGAAGGCUGCUGCAACGACGCCGACGACCCGCGGCGGCACUGCUUCGUCGCCAUGUCGGCGGACGCCGCGCCGGACAACUUCCUGCUGCUCGCGCCGCCCAAGGACUCGUCGUUGGCGCGCGCGCGCGUGCUCGUCUCGGCCGUGUCGCCGCCGCAGCGCGACGACCGCGGCCGCGAGUACCGCGUCGUGACGCUCGCCGGCGACGCCCCGGCGCCCUUCGUGUGGCUCGAGUCGCGCCGCGACGCCGGCCACUUCUCCGACAACGGCUUCCUGAUGGCGCGGCCGACGUGGCGGGUGCUGUUCUACCCGCAGUCGAGCGGCGACGUGGACAUCGAGGUCACCUCGCUCACCGCGGGCUACAACGCCUCGCGCGCUGCCUAGUCUUCACCUGUACAGUGUCUUUAACCUUGAAGACUCACCAUACAGCAUACGAUGUUUCACAUACAUAUGCAAAUAUUUGCAUUACCUUAGUUUAUUCGAUGUCGCAGAGACUUGUUUAUAAAAAGCUCGUGCUGUACGGGUAGUAGCGGACCUCUUAUUCCUGAAGAGGUAUUCGAAUCCAAGCCUACUGUUAGAAGUCGCCACGUUUAUCACGAACCACUCAUGCCUGGAAUUUCUAAUUGGGAACUGAUGAUGUGUUGAGGUGCGAGACAAAUGGUAAAUGAUGUUUUAUCUGUCUUCAAAAGAGAUUGUCUUGAGGUUUUUUUUUUUUUUUUAAACGUAGUUGUCCUUGGAAAAAUAAUUAAAUAAUCUUUAGUGUCUUUAUGCAACCCCGUUGAGAUAGUAAACUAUCCCUCGUCACAUUAUUUUUUUAUUAUUAAUUUUAGGUAACCAAUUAUUUUCGUUAAAAAUAUCAAUAAAUCCAAGAUGGCUUCUAGCUAUUCCCUUGAACAUAUUGAAAUUUUACGUGAUACGUGGCUCGUUGAUUGAACUGAUACAAUUCACCAUGUUUUUGAUUAUUUGUUAUUAUGUUAUUGUUACUCUUAUGUUUGAACAAUAAACAUGCUUUUACUUAUUAUUUUCUAAUUGGUGCGUGUACCUACAUGUAUAUAUGAAAUGAAAGUAAAGACAUUUGUAUUUAUAUAAUUGUUUUUUUUUUAAACACUUAUCUUCAUCACUAAGUAAAUCUUCUGGUAGGAGCAUGUUAACGUGAUCAAUAUUUUCUUGAAACUUAAAUAUAACGAAUAUCGACGCUUUGCAGGGAAUUAUAGGCCAAGACAUGUAAGAGCGGCUGCUACUGAUUUUUUUCUUUUAUGUCGCCAUGUAUUAUUCCUUUAAAACUAGCUAGUUUUUGAGGAUGUUUUCAUAAGUAUUGUACUCAUAUUUCUUAGUGUUAUUCUCGUUGUUAGUAUGUGCCUGGCGGAACUAAAGAAAAGCAAAGCACAUAUUUAAAGUUAUUUGUGAUUUUUUGGAAUAAUUUAUCAGCUUUUCGGCACUAAAUGGUUAAUAUUAGGAACAUUAUUUUUUUGGUCGUUUAAAACAAUACAUGUUCUUUUAUUUUAGACUCCACACUCUUAAACAAUUAAUAUAAUAUUAUUGUUUAGUCCUUAAUGACCUAUUUAACUUCCUGCCAUCAACUGAAACUUAGUGCUGGUAUUAAUGCGUUUAGUACGCGAAACUGUGACAUUUUUGCAAUCAACCUUUUUUUUUUUCACAUUUAUGCCGUUCCUUAAGUGGAAGUACUAGCGAAGUGAAAAUGGUGAAUGCCUUCAACAACUUGCAACGUAGAACAUUGCAAAACUAUUUUUUUUAAAUGGUCCUACUGCAAAUACUGCCAGAAUUGUCACACAAAAAUAGUUUUGAUAGUUAUGAAAAAAUACAAACGAACUCGGCUGACUGCAUGAGAUAUUUAAUCUCUCAACGAAGGAUGCUACAGAUUGCGCAGAUAUAAUUUAUUUUUCAUGCGUAAUACUGCACUUAUGUUUGAAAUCAUUCUGCAUGUUGCAUUUGCUCCUAUAUAAACACAAUUGAAAUCAAGCGUUUCAUGUUUAAUUUUCGUAUUUAAUAAAUUUAUGUUCCAUUAAUUUUAACAUACCCUAGAAGGGAAAUUGAUGUAUCGUUAAGCUGCAUAUAUAUUCACGUUAAUUAACGCCUGAGUAAUGGCCAUUUAAUUUGUAAUGUGGUCGGAGGCUAC